AUGCUAGAACCUCUUGAACUUCGGUCGUAUCCAUCCUGUUACAACUGUUUGUCGUGGUCAGCGGAUGGCGAAAUUGCUGUUGCUGGAGGAGAGAUUGUAUACGUUCUGUCACCAAAGCCGGGUAGAGAGGAGAAACCGCAGAUUCAAUCUGCUCAAAGGCCAACUGGCGCGCAAUGGGACAUAUACAAGCUUAAAACGAAUGCUUUUACGCUGGAUGAGUUGUCUCUCCUACUCCCAGAGCCCGGUGCCACUUUUUCUGUCGGCGAGGAGCAAUCUACAAGCCAUGCUGUCGCUGUAGCCUGGUCUGCCCCACGGCUAGCAGUGUAUGGAAGAUGCAUGCUAGCAGUAUUAACAAGCAACCUGGCUCUAUCUCUAUGGCAGGCGGCGGACGGUGCUUCCAAAUGGAACAGGGCGCUUGUUGUUAAUCACGCACUCCGGAAGUAUUUCAAGGCUAUCAUUGGUGACAACAACCCUCUUUUACGCAGAAAACAAAGGAUUCGAGCAUUCACCUGGACUUUCUUUACCCAAGAUGAGUUCAACGAUCCGGAUUGUUACCGAAAUAGCGGCAUAAAUUUCCUCGUUGUCAGCAAUGAUACCAAUGAUAUAGUAAUCCUCAGGGUUACUGCGCCCUCAUAUAGACAGAAUGUGAGUGCGACUGUACUUACUCAUUACUCUGCCCCCUCUGCAGGCGCGCGCUUUUCUCGGCCCAUAGAACAAGGCUCUCUAUUUGCAGAAUAUACGGAAAAAAGGGCUACAAUAACACAAGUUUCCUCCAGCUCUUGGUUGAGAAAGCCGGUGCGAGCAGGCCAUCAAACCGUAGAUUCGCAGAUCUGGGCUGCUCUAAUCGCCUGUACGUUUGGGUCAGACUUGAUUAUGUUGCGACUGGAGCUGGAGGCUACUAGCAUGAAGAAUGAGAUUAUGAUAAAUCGAAUUGAGCUUCUUAGCCAGGAAUGGACUCUUCAGCAUACAUCGACUGAUUUCAAUAUAAAGGGUCCAUUGCAUUGGAUAGAAAUAGCAGAAAUCGAUCACAAGCUUGGGCUAGCUGUUGGCAUAAUAAGUGGAUUUAUUAUCUUAACAAUUCCUAGGAAUAUCUGGACGCAAUGCAUUAUUGGAGCAGGUGUUCAUGAAGAAAAAUUCGGCCUUUCAUUUGCUAAUUGGCACCCAAUCUCAGGCUUUGCUUCUCGAGCUGAAGAUGCGAGCAACGGCAGCGGUCUCUAUACAUUGACAUUAUCAUCCUUGCAUCACCUUGAGUUCCCCAGUAUGGAAAGCAAGGCACAACUAUUAACCGAUGACGACGAGUUUUCACAAAGCCAAUACUUGACAAAGGGUAUUGAAGUUUGUAGGGAUCGCUUCGAUUUGGAUUAUGACCUGGAUGGCAUGUCUACGGCAAAGACCUGGGGCCUAUGUAGCCAUCGCGGAUGGCUUGCCACCUGUGCAACCUUUCACCCUACAGAUAUGGUACAGCACACUACUUUUUCUCAGGAACGGGUAACAGUAUUUUUUGCGCCUCCCAGCCUAGAAAAAUCUGAUCAUACCGAGCACGGAAUGCCAUGGUACAUGCCAGCUAUUACAUCUGACAGAAUACACCGCUCCGCAGGCAAGAUUAUAGCAUUCACUUUGAUGAAUGAUCAACUGAAACACAACGAUGACCUAUGGUUACGAAAGCUACUCUAUGCGGCUGCUUGCGCGGCGAUUUUCCAUUCGGUCUCUGAAAUAGUCACUCAUGCCCAGGGAGUAAUGCAAGCUUUGGCCCAUGAGUCCAACACAGACCUAGGGAUGGAAAUAACUUUCUUGCAGGGACUCUCUGGGGUACCACACGGGCGGAGUGCUAUGACAAUACCACCAAAAACAAGACAGCAACUCGAAGGCACUGGGGUAAGUAUAUUCGAGCAGUGCAAUAUCUGCGGUGAUGGGAUUGAAUGGUUUUCACCAGUAGAAUCACAAUGCGCGGAAGGUCACCUAUUUGCUCGAUGUGCGUUGACAUUCUUGUCCAUCCAGGACCCGUCCGUUUCAAAGAGAUGUUGUAAAUGCGGGAGGGAGUGUCUGGAUAAUACCAGCGAAGCUUUGGGUAUAGAAGGAACCAGGGGCCUACUGGCAAAAAUUCUUGAGAGGUUUGAUGAAUGCCCGUAUUGUGGAGGCAAGUUCAAGGCAUAA